GUUUUAUUUCUAAUGUAAUGUGUAUCAACGAAUGCAAACAAAACAUUAAUGUAUUAUUUUUUCAGAAGUAAAAAUGGGGAAGCUAAAUGUAACUAUGCUAAGGUACCUAACCCGCGAGGACUUCAGGGUUCUAACUGCUGUAGAGAUGGGAAUGAAGAAUCAUGAACUUGUACCAGGUUCCUUGAUUGCCAGUAUAGCUAGUCUACGACAUGGUGGAGUACACAAGAUGUUAAGGGAACUAUGUAAACACAGACUUCUGUCCUACGAGAGAGGCCCCCGGUAUGAUGGGUAUCGUUUAACGAAUGCUGGAUAUGAUUACCUGGCUUUGAAGACUUUGACUUCAAGAGAUGUCAUCGGAUCCUUUGGGAACCAGAUCGGGACAGGAAAGGAGUCGAAUAUUUAUGUUGUGGGAGGACCUGGUGGUGAUCAAAGAUGUCUCAAGCUCCACAGACUUGGCAGAACUUGCUUCAGAAAGGUUCGGGAGAAGAGAGAUUAUCACAAAGGAAGGAAAUCUAUGUCGUGGCUAUAUCUCUCUAGAAUAUCUGCAACAAAGGAGUUUGCGUACAUGAAAGCCUUGAAGAAUCGAGGAUUCCCAGUUCCCACCCCAAUAGAUUUUAACCGGCACUGUGUGAUAAUGGAUCUAGUAGAUGGAUAUCCUCUGCAGAAUGUUAAUGAUGUGGAAGACCCUGCAGAGCUGUAUGAUAAACUUAUGAAUCUUCUUCUAAAGUUUGCAAAUCACGGAGUCAUUCAUGGAGACUACAACGAGUUCAAUAUUAUGAUAGACGACAAAUGUCAGCCGAUAAUCAUCGACUUCCCUCAAAUGGUGUCGACAGCUCAUGUGGAUGCACAGUUUUAUUUCGACAGAGAUGUCACUUGUAUCAGAGACUUCUUUAAAAGGCGGUUUAACUAUGAGUCUGAACUGGCACCUUGUUUCCAAGAUAUCUUCAGAAUAGACGCGCUAGAUGCCGAGGUAGCAGCUAGUGGGGUCACCAAACAGAUGGAGAAGGAUAUUAUGGCUGAGCUUGGUAUGCUCAGUGACGAGGAUGAGGAUGAGGAGAGUGGUGAAGAGGAAGAUGAAAUUCUUGAGCAUAAUGUCGAGGAGGAAGAAGAUGUCCUGGAGGAUAUAACAGAUGAAGCUGCUAUUGAGGAACUGAGAAAGGAAGUGGAAGCUGCUGUAAAUUUUGUUGAGUCUAAACAAUCUGAUCUUGAGAUUCCAAAUCUUGCUCCGGAGAAAACCAACCUUGGUCCAGAGCCUGAAUCUGAAGGGGAGGAAGAUGAAGAUGAUCAAAUUGAGGAUCUGAAAGAUUUUAAUUCAAGAUUUAAACCUUUUAGGGAUGGCCAACCUAGGGUAAGACAGGAUUCAGAUACAUUUUCUGUCCGCAGUGUUUCCACCACCUCGUCUACUAUUGCACCGGAAGUAAUAAAAGCCCGAGUACGCGCAUCAUUGGAAAAACGCGGGAAAUCCGGCCAGGCCAGGAGACAGGUUGCUCGGGGUGAGGCAAGUGCAAAAACCAGAUCACAGCGAGACAAUAAACAGAAUAUCAAGCAGAGCACACAGGGCGGAGGCAUUUGGGAAUAAAAUCAGAUUUUUCAAACAAAUUUUUUCAAACUUUUAUUUUUUACCUUCGCUGAGAAAUAUUUCCUAUUUCAGA